AUGACGAGCUUCCGCCAAAUCAUCGCACUCGGGUCGUUCCUGGUCCUUGUCAACGCGGGAGCCAAGAAGAACCGCAAGAUCACGGUCACGAAUCAGUGCACUUUCACCGUCUGGCCUGGAAUCUUCACGAGCGUCGGACCGCUGCCGUCGCAGGAGACGGGCUGGGAGGCCAAAUCGGGCACGUCGUUGACGUUCGAGGUCGAGGAAAGCUGGGGCGGACGAGUCUGGCCGAGGACCGGUUGCGACUUCUCCGACACGUCAAAGCCCGACUACGACCAGUGCGAGACCGGCGGCUGUAUCGGCGGCCUGCAGUGCAACGCGACGACCGGGACGGGUCGUCUUCCUGUCACGCUCGCCGAGUUCAACAUCCAGACCGAGGUGGACCACUACGACACAAGCAACGUCGACGGGAACAACAUUGCACUCGCGAUAACCAACUCGGCCGACUGCCCGUUGAGCAACUGCCCGUACGACCUCCGCAAAGCGUGUCCCGACGACCUGCAGCGCAAGAAUGCGGCGGGCGACGUCGUCGGCUGCCUCACCGCCUGUGGCGCGUGGGAGGACAACGAGGGCACGUUCCUCGCCGGCAAGAUCGCUCGAGGCCAGUACUGCUGCAAAGGCGCUCACGCCACGCCCGAGACGUGCCCUACGAGCGGCGUCAAGUACUACGACUGGUGGAAAAAAGCGUGCCCGAUCGCCUACGCUUACGCCUACGACGAGGCGUCCGGGACCGCCCUCUUCACGUGCAGCAAGCAGGUCGACUGGAUCAUCACCUUCUGCCCCGACUCAAGCCUGUUCGAGACGACCGCGACUCUCCCGAACGGCACGACCAUCACCCAGGGCGGCGAUUUCGAGCUUGCCGAGUACGUCAAGGUCACGGGCGAGAGCGGCGGCGGCGGCGGCGGAGGUGGGUCGGACAGCGCGGCAUCCUCGAGCGGCGGUGGUGGCGGCGCCGCCGCUGCCUCAGCUUCAGGAGGAGGAGGGGGCGGAUCGAGCUCGGCAGGAUCUGGUGGCGGCGCAGGCUCGAGCGGCGACACGACCAAGGCGACGACCAGCACCUCGUCCAAGUCGUCGUCGUCCGCAGCGGCAGGCGCCACGGGCACGAGCGGCGACAGCGGCGCGGGCUCGUCGGGCUCGUCGGGCUCGUCAUCGGGCUCAACCUCGUCCUCCUCUUCGAGCGACUCGACCUCGACCGACGACGACACCAUUCUCGGCAUGCCCAAGACCGCCGCGUGGGCCAUCAUGGGCCUCGUCAUCCUCCUCGUCGUCGGGGCCGUCGGCUACUUCAUCUGGUCGUCGAACAAGAAGGGCGCCGUCAAGAAGCAUCGGCGGCAGAGCAGCGACGACUCGGCCUCGAGCGAUGAUGGCUCGUCGACGGCGACUGGCAGCGACGACGACGACGACGUCAAGCCGCACAAAAAGCGUCGCGGCGACGAGGACUACUCGCUCGCCAAGCUCGACGCGCUCGAUGCCGCAGAGCGGCGCGCCGUCGACGACAGCAUCUACUGGGCGGCGGCGCGCAACCCGCUCGGCCUGCGAGGCGCUCUCGCCGAGCAAGGCCGGACGACGUUCGAGCUCGCCAAAGGCCCUCUGAGCAGCGGCGGGAGCGACAGCGAGGCGGGCCGGCAGCUCUUGCGGAGCAGGCGAGGGGGUCGAGCGUUCGACAGCAGGCGGCUCUAG